UGAAAAGUAAAAUGGUUAGUGUUUGGUAGGGAUUGUGGUUAAAGUAAGGGUUUUACGGUUAGGAUUUAGGGUAGGGACGUACCAGGGAUCCCAGAUAGCACUAACCGACGAGAAAGGUGGUUCCUUCGAGUGAUUUCAUCACCACGCACCGCCACUGCACAGGUGGCGUGGCGUCAUGCACUCGUCGGUUGAGCGAGCGCGCUGCGGUUUUGCGUGACCGGAUUGGAGUAUUAGAGGAAGCUUCCUUCGGUCAGAUUGAUAUCUACCCGGUAACCUGGUCUCCCCACUCCACACCACCACUAUCCCUAUUACCGGCAUCUACCACCCGAGUCGAUGCUACCUGGAAAACGAAGUGCCGAAAUUAUGUCGGUUUCGGUGGCGUUCAUUGGAGUACUGAUGCUGCAUUCGGUCUCCUCGCAGAACGCUGGCUUUGUGAAGUCUCCCCUGUCUGAGACCAAACUAACAGGUGACACCUUUGAGUUGUACUGUGACGUGGUCGGUAGCCCGACCCCAGAGGUUCAGUGGUGGUACUCCGAGAUCAACCGGGCCGACUCUUUCCGCCAGCUCUGGGACGGCGCCCGUAAACACCGUGUCUCCAUCAACACGGCGUACGGAACCAACGGCGUGAGCGUUUUGGGCGUGACUCGUCUCGGCCUGGAGGAUGCUGGGACGUAUGAGUGCCGGGCCAGUAAUGAUCCAAGGAGGAAUGAUCUGCACCAAAACCCUGCCACCACCUGGAUCAGAGCACAGGCCACCGUUACUGUGUUGCAGAAGCCGUCAAUCAACUCGUCGGACCAUAUCACACUGCCAGUUGAUCACUACAGCCUGCCCCUCACCCUGCAGUGCAACCUAACUUCAGCCCACAGCGCCCACAGCGAGAGUUUCUGGAUGAAGAAUGGGGAGGAGAUCAAAGAGACCCGCGGAGAGAGGGCCAACACCGAGUACUACCUGAAGAAGCCCAGAGGAGAGGAUGCAGGGGAGUACAUGUGUGUCUACACCUUUAAAAUGGCUCCGCCUGCUAACGCCACCAUCGAGAUUAAAGCUGGUCCUGACAUCACAGGCCACAAGCGUAGUGACAAUAAGAAUGAGGGCCAGAAGGCCCUGCUCUACUGUAAGGCCACUGGCUACCCCUACCCUAUCUGGACCUGGCACAAACUGGACAAUGGGUUCUACGCGGACAUUGAAAACUCCUCUGGCCGUUUCUUCAUUAACAACAAAGACAACUACACUGAGCUGAGCAUCAUCAACCUGGACAUCGGCUCCGACCCGGGGGAGUACCAGUGUAACGCCACCAACAUGAUCGGCACCACGUCCGUGGUGUCUGUGCUGCGGGUCCGGAGCUACCUGGCCUGGCUUUGGCCUCUGCUGGGCGUCCUGGCCGAGGUCAUUAUCCUGGUCAUCAUCAUCGUGGUCUAUGAAAAACGCAAGAAGCCAGACGACAUACAAGACGAUGACGAACCAGCUGGACCAAUGAAAACUAAUUCCACCAACAAUCACAAAGACAAGAACCUUCGUCAGAGGAACACAAACUGAGAACACUGAUAAUACCAUAUUAUACAUGUAUGUAUCGACCAUAUGAAGGUAACCAGGAAAAGGGAUUUAUAGAAAUGUGUUAAUAAAGAAUUUAUCUGCCAAUAAAACGACGUAGAAGAAGAAGAAGAGGAGGAGCUACUGUAAAUGUCUGUAUUGUAUGAUGAGGCAUGCCUUCUGAUUUUGAUUAUCUAGCUAUCGUGUGACAAGGGUGAAGAAUGUGAUCAAUGAACGUGAUCCCAUAACAUUAUGAAUGAUUUAUGAAGUGUCUAUGGGAAGCAUUAUAACCAUUGUUUGCUGCAUGCAGUUAUUGAUUGUCGCUGUUUAUUGAUUUGUUUUUGAUUUGAUUAUUUAUUCUGAUCAAAUUCUUAUCUCUUUCCAAUUUUUACUUAAUUCUGAAGUAAUGCAUGCAAGGUAUUCUAACAUUCUGUUUGGUCCGGACCUGACAUGGCUUUUUGGACUGUGUCC